AUGCUGCGAUCUCUCCGUCCUUCUCCACGCUGUUCGACCGAUCUUCUGCGGCGACCUGACCGUGUCAUCCCUCGCCUCGCACCCGUACGAUAUGGAUCCACUACGCCCACACCAGACCCUGCCACUUUGCCUGAUAUAGAGCCUGCGCGCCUGGAAAUCGAGCGCACGGGCGAGCCCAAGAAGCGUCCUGAACCUUCCGAAAUCGUUUUCGGACAUAACUUCACCGACCACAUGCUGGUCGUCCCUUGGAAUGCCACAACAGGAUGGGAUGCUCCAAAAAUUAAACCUUAUGGCCCACUUCUUCUUGAACCAAGCUGUUCUGUCUUUCAUUAUGCCCAAGAGUUGUUCGAAGGCCUGAAAGCGUACCGCCAAGAGUCUGGCAAAAUUACACUAUUCAGACCAGAUAUGAACUUCAAACGCAUGAACACUAGCGCGUCGCGCAUUGCUCUGCCGAAUUUCAAACCCGAAGCUAUGCUUGAGCUCCUCAAGAAGCUGAUCCAGGAAGACAAAGAUUGGGUACCAGGCUUGCCAGGUUACAGUCUUUAUAUACGUCCCACAAUGAUUGGUACUCAGGCUGCUCUGGGCAUUGCACCUGCGAAAGAAGCCCUGCUCUACGUGAUUUGCUGUCCGGUGGGACCGUAUUAUCCCAAAGGGUUUAAGCCUGUAGCACUUUAUGGUACAACGAAAUACAUACGUGCUGCUCCGGGAGGCAUCGGCGGGUACAAGUUGGGGGCGAAUUAUGCUCCAGGACUCGUUGCGCAAAGGGAGAUUGAGAAGCAGGGUUAUAUCCAGAACCUGUGGCUGCAUGGGCCCGACCACCUAAUCACCGAGGUCGGCACCAUGAACGCAUUUGUAGUCUUCAAGCGUCCCGACGGAGCAACGGAACUUGUUACGCCGCCUUUAGAUGGCAUGAUUCUCCCUGGGGUGACGCGUGAUUCCGUCCUCUCCCUCGCGCGGUGGCACGCGUCAGGCCAGGCGAAGAUUGCGGACCUUCCGGAUGAUCUGGUUGUUUCGGAGCGUUCGGUGUCAAUGAAGGAGGUGAAGGAGGCUGAGAAGACGGGCACGUUGGUCGAGUUCUUCGGUACAGGCACUGCGGCAGUCAUCAGUCCCGUCGACCGCAUUGGUUAUCUCGGCGAGGACAUUCAUAUCCCGACUGGUCCGGAUGGCAUGGGCCCCGUUUCGCGGCCCAUUUGGAAACAAUUAACUAGCAUCCAAACGGGCAAAAUCCCUCAUGAGUGGAGCGUGGUGUCUGUUGACACUAGCCAGCUGCAGGAUUUAGACGAUUGUGAUCGAGCCCGCGGCAUUGUCCGUUCGUGGGCGCGACUGGUUGGCUUCAGCAAUAUUAAAUUUCCUGUCUUGCUGAACGUUGCGUGCAUGGCUCUCCGUCCUAGCUUGAGUGUUCGUCCUUGUCGGGCCAAGUGGCGGACCGGCAAAGCUAGAUAUAUCUACGCACCAUGCGUCUCCACGAGGAACUAUGCGGUGGUAGGCAGUACGACGUACGUCGGUGAACCACCUUCCCCUCCUUCACCCCCGCCCACCGAACAACCACCCUCAUCAUCGUUCAAACCGCCGGAUGCAUCCACGGCAUUCGACGCUCGCGUCCUCUACGAGCUUCGCAGGCACGCGACACCUCCAGGAUCCGAGGACAGACUUCAUGAUCUCCCUGAGCUCAUAUUGCAAUAUCUCGACCGCUCGGAGCGCGUCCUUGAUGUUGGUCUGCCUUACGAAUCCCGUCCGUCAGCCGAUAGGCGUACUCCAUUUGACUCAAACGCGUCGGAGGAGAACCAUACUGUCGCGAUGGUGGUGCAUGCCGCUCAGAGCGGGGAGGAGCACAAGAUCACACAUUGCUCAGGUUUCGCUAUCAAUGCCCCCGGUAUGUCGGAAGGUGAGGCCGUCUUUGUGACUUGUGCACAUACUCUAGAGGAGAUACGGCAUAGUCCCGUCUUGAACGCUAUACCCAAGCCCCACGUCUCGGGCUCGCUGCUGGUAAGCGGUGACGCCUCGUCACCGACCUUCAGCCCUGUCUCGGCGGUGCUCUCGGCGCUGCACCGUUCCGACCUUGUUCUGCUCUCUGCCACGGCGCCCGCAAAUCUGCGCACGCUCCCCGUCUCGCCGUACCCUGCCCACCCAGGCACGCCUAUCCGUGCGCACUUCGUCUGCGAAGCCCCGCCCACGUCUACUUCCGAUGCGGAUGCGGAUGGGUGGACGCCGUGGGUAGGUGGGACGUGGAGCAAAUGGGUACGAGGCACUGUCGUCGAAUAUCGGGACUCGGCAGGACGCGAAGCGAAGCCUGGGUCAUACGACGCGCUUGCCCACCUCCACUUCGACCCACCGCCCACGCCGGGCUCGAGUGGUGGUCCUAUCGUGGAUGAAGAGAGCGGGGCAGUGAUAGGAGUGAUGCUCGGCACGCAACUGCAAAAUAGAGUGGAAGGCGUUCGGGGUUGGGGUGUACCUGCGGAGAUGAUCUUCGAGAUGUUCCGCCUUCCUGGCUUGAAACUCAAGAGGCAGUAA